CCAUGGAGGAUGGAGGCGGGGUAUCGACAUUCGACAAUCAACGUCCUUUUUAUCAAUUGGAGUGGGUUAGUGGGUAUACUUAAACUCGAUACGACGCAAUCUCGUCGCGUAUGUGUGAUUAGUAGGGGAAAAAAGUGAAAAAUGAAAACGAACGUCAGCGAUCCUUGGCGCGGAACGCUUGCGGAAACGACGGUCGACAACGACGACUCGCCUAAUGAUCGUUUUGAAGAUUCUUUCUUGGACGCGAAAAUCAGUCACCGUACUCAUCGUCGGCUGUCCGAUUCGGAGCAGUAUCUACAAAAGCUAUACUCUAGGUUGAAGGUGCUUCAGGGAGGUACCACAAAAAAGGACCUUGUAACGUCGCUAUCAGGAGCAAAGGAGGAUUGCAUUGCACGUUUAAUCACCUCUGGAAACAAUCCCCAGUCUGAGGAAGAAGCUGAGUUGGCGUCAAAUCCUCUGAUACGGCACAUAGCCCCUCAUCUACAGGCCUUGACGGCCAGUGAAGUAGUUCAUCUCCUGAAGGCAGACGUACUUCAAGCAACCAUACAGGCUGAGCGAGAAGGAGAUAUUACAGAGGAAUUGCAAACGAGCCAGCCGUCAACAGAGCUCAAAGCAGAGCAUAAUAACUAGUUUUCGUAAAGUUGCAACGUAA